UAUGUGUUUUUGUAUUUUACAGAUGAAUCAUCUGCAGAGAAAUCCUUCCCUUUGUCUUUUCCAGAUCUAGACCAGCAGCUUCAGCCUCUUCCGCCAUGUAACACAUCGAAGGAGUCCAUGCAGGUGUUUAAACAGCACUGCAAAAUCGCAGAGGAAUAUCAUCAGGUGAAGAGGGAAAUCGCACUGCUGGAAGAACGGAGGAAAGAACUGAUGGCCAGACUGGAUCAGUUUGAGAAGGAAAGUUCAGAUGUCGUUCAUUUAGCACAGGAGUAUGAACAGCUCACCAAAGAGAAUCAGAGCCUUAACCUGGCCCACUCGCGAUGUAAAGAGCAGCUAGAGAACCUACGAAUACAAUACCAGAAGCGGCAAGGCUCUUCCUAA